UGGUUUGACCGUUUGAAUCUACAGCAGAAACCCAUCCAAACGGCCCCUAACUCAAUCUAUUCGUGAGCCUGCCCCUCUGGUAGCCAUGGCGGGAGUUGUGCACAGCUUCUUAGCACCUCCUGCUAUUUUCCUACCACAAAAAUCUUCAAGAAAAUUUACAUCACACUUUCCAAUAAUACCCACUCAGAUUUUCCCUCGUAAUUCUUUAUUCUCUUGCUCAGUUUCACCCUUUCAUUUCUACACACUUUCUGCUCGUUUUCCUUCAACUAAUCUUUUCGCAACUCCUGAAGCAGAAGUUAGCACAGAAACUGGUGAAUGGGAAAUGCAAGGGUUUUAUAGCUUAAGGAAGGAAGUUGAAAAUGCUUCUCAGCGUGUGGAAGAGAUUAGGGCCUCUGCUGGUCUGCACCAACUAGAAGCUGAUCUUGCGAAUUUGGAGAAAGCAGCAACAAGUACCUCAUUAUGGGAUGAUCGUAGUAAGGCUCAAGAAACACUUAUGGCAUUAACUGAUGUGAAAGACAAAAUAAAGCUCCUCAAUGAAUUUAAAUCCCAGGUUGAAGAUGCAGAAACAAUAGUUAAACUUACUGAAGAAAUGGACUCAACUGAUACAGCUUUUCUUGAAGAGGCUUCUAAUAUUAUCAAGGAAUUGAACAAGGCAUUAGAUAAGUUUGAGUUGACUCAAUUACUUUCUGGCCCCUACGAUAAAGAAGGAGCUGUCAUCUCCAUCACAGCUGGUGCUGGGGGUACUGAUGCACAAGAUUGGGCUGACAUGCUGCUUAGGAUGUAUGUGAGAUGGGGAGAAAAACAGCGAUAUAAAACAAGAGUUGUUGAAAAGUCUAUGGGAGAAGAAGCUGGGAUCAAGUCAGCAACGAUUGAGCUAGAAGGUCGCUAUGCCUAUGGUUACAUGUCUGGAGAAAAGGGAACUCAUAGAAUUGUACGACAAUCUCCUUUCAACUCCAAAGGCCUUCGGCAGACAAGUUUUUCUGGUGUUGAAGUCAUGCCUCUUCUUCCAGAAGAAUCACUGGAUGUUGAAAUACCUGAGGAAGACUUGGAAAUCACUUUUACUAGAGCAGGUGGUAAAGGGGGCCAGAAUGUCAAUAAAGUUGAAACUGCUGUCAGGAUCACUCACAUCCCUACUGGUGUCUCUCUUAAAUGCACAGAAGAAAGAUCCCAAGCAGCAAAUAAAAUCAAAGCUCUAAGCCGCUUAAAGGCUAAACUGUUGAUUAUAGCCGAGGAGCAACGGGCAUCCGAAAUCAAGCAAAUUAAAGGAGAUGCUGUAAAGGCAGACUUUGGACAGCAAAUACGAAACUAUGUUUUUCAUCCGUACAAGCUCGUAAAAGAUGUCAGGACAGGACAUGAAACAUCCGAUAUCACUUCUGUUAUGGAUGGUGAAUUAGAUCCUUUCAUUAAAUCAUACCUCAGGUACAAGUACACUGAAUCAAUGUCCAACUAGUUAAAUAGAAUCAGAAUUUCAUCAUAUCCUGCAAUGUCUGAAAUUUGUAAUCUAGCUCGUCGUCGUUAUUCAGCUGUGAAUACAAGUCAUGAAUAUCUAGACUGCUUUCCUUGCUAAUACAUUCCUACUCAGUUCACAAGUUCA